AAACAUUCACGUGUGAAACGGGACUUGAACCGGAAACCAAACUUCUCUGUUGAAACUUUUUUUUUCUCCUCCGAGGCAAAAGAGGAAAACGCCGCGACCCCUGUGGUGUCAUAGACUGCCCAGUUCCUUGUUCUGUGCAUUUGGGCUUUCUGCUGGAGAUGUGUCAGCCGUCCACCCGCAGGCAGCGGCCGCAGCAUUUCUCGGGAGGCUUGUGAGCUCAGUGUCGCGUGACCGUGGAUCAGCCAUCUAACGGAUCCUGCGCACCUAUCAUGGAAGAUGGUACAAAAGAGGACUCGGCCCAGCAACAUAAGACAAAGUUCCUGAGUAAGGCUGGCUGGGUGAAGAAAGCUCAUGGUCGGCUGUUGACGAGCUACAAGGACCGCUAUGUCCACGUGGAGAAGACAGAAAUUGCGGUUUAUGAAAAUGAGGACCUACAGAACUGCUUGGAGCGGCUUGACCUGGAAAACUAUGAUACAUGUCAUGAAUUAAAGAGCCCCUUCAAGAAGAAGCACAGACUGAUUCUGAUUCGAUCUCUGAAAUCUGGAAAUAAGAUCCAUGAUGUGAAGUUCCAGACUCAGACUGUGGAGGAAAAGGAGGCGUGGAUCAAAGCCCUUAGUGAUUGCAUCAGUCGAGCUAAAAACAAAGUCUUUGAUGAGGUGAAAGUGGAUGAAAGCAGUAAUUUAGAGCACAUUACCCGGACAAGACCUCAAGGAAACCGUAACCGGCGCCCACCAACCAGGAUCCACAUGAAAGAGGUGGCUGGUGUGUCCUCUGAUGGUCUCCUGCGUUUGGAUCUCGAUCUUGAGGAUGCGGUGAUGCCUAAUGGAACAACUAACGGCAAAACAGAUGGUUCUGAAACUUCUGAAACAGCCAUAAAUCCAGCUUCUGCUGCAGAGAAACAAUCAGUGCCGGGUACAGAUGAGGAGAAGAAGGUCAUCAAACCUCCCAUUCCUCCUACUAAGGAGGCCAAAUCCAGUUUCAUACCUGAGAACGAGCCUAAUACACAAAAUGAAAAAGAGGUCCUGAAACCACCAAUGCCUCCAUCAAAAGAAUCCAAACCCUGCGUUACAGCUGGGGAAGAGAUUAUAGAAGACGAUGCGCAUGUGAAGAAAAAUACAGGCCCACCACCAACACCUCCCAACAAACCCAGCUCCAGCGGCUCAUUGAGCAACGUUACAGAAGUCUUACCAACCUCGCCAAACCCCCACCCCCCAACACCUCCAUCCAAGGACAAGAAGCCUUCUCAAGCUGUUGUGGAGCCCAACCAGCAGAUACACGAUGGUGCUAUUGAAAAGGAGAUGGAAGGAGAUGGUGAGGAUGAGGCAGCAAAAACAAUUGUGGGCAAUGAUGAGAUAGACCAUCUUGAGAAAACUGUCCAAAAUGGUAGACCCAUGAGCACCACUGAAGAAGUUUCUGUGGAAAUUGGCAUUAGAAAGACCUCAGAUAAUGACCAAAAAAAAAACAAUUUGCCAGAGAGAGAGAAACUGAGUGUUUUAAUCCCCAAUGAGAUUCCAAAGAAUCCUGUUCAGCCUGACAUGCAGCGCCAAGAAGACCCUCCAGCUGCCAUUCAGCCUAAAGAGGGAUCAGACUCCACCACUUCUGAUACCUCAGCAAGUUCUCUUCACGUACUAGAACCAUCACCUCACAGUGCUCCCUCUGUAGAUGUCUGCCUACAUAACCCAACCGCUGAGAGCCUUAACCUGAGUCCACUCCUCUGCCGCUUGCCAGGAGAGAAAAAAAAGAAGGCAGAGGAGAAGUCUGUUGACAGCGGUCAGCACUCAGAUGACGAGAGUGAAGGCUCUGUGAGUGAAAACACACUGGCAGCUUCCAUGGCUGCACUCCGUGGAAGCCACGCUGGCCUUAAUGUGUUGGAUGCAACUGAAGAUGAAAGUCAAACCUCUGUUCAUUUAAGGCCAUCGGCCAAGCUUCAGGUUGAACCAAAUGUCAUUCCCUCUCGGCGCUCAGAGCCUUUUCAGAAACCUCUCAAACCUUCAAGCAAGCCCAGGUCUGCAUCAAUUGGAGAUCUACUCUCUGACUCCUUGGACUGCAAUCAGCAGAAGAUUACCAACAAAGCCGAAGACAGGAGUGUACCAGCUUCUAAGAAUUAUUUCACAAAGCUUGAGAGUGAAGUGGCUCUGGAGAUGAAAAACACAAGUGAGCUCCUGAAUCAGGCUCAGGAGAGAAGUUAUGUUGAGGUCAUGCCGGAAGAUUUGCUGGCUAAAGCUUUGGAGAAGCUCCAGAAGGCUGACUGCGUCCUCAGAGAAGUCAAGAAACUGAAACUCGUAAAGAAUUUAAAGAGGAUGAGCUGGUAAAUACCAAUAAUAGCCAGUCACCUAGGAAUUAACUGAACGGGCUGUCAUUCUCUGGUUAAAAGAAUAUGAACCCAAAACAAGCCCAGAUCAGCUUACGUUUCAGAUGGGUAGCAUUGAUUUUGGGAGAAUAAAACCAUUCUUUUUGUUUUUAUGAAACUGAAGUUGGCUUUCAUAUUUUGCUUUUAAAUAUUGGUUGACACAGUCUGUUGAAGUGAGGUUAAACUCAGUUAAGUCUACGUUUAUGUGAAAUAAAUAAACCCAUAUCGCAAAAUGUCUUAAAGAUGGGUUUUGAUGCAUGUGGUAAUAUUUGAUUAAUCACAGUUUGGAAAACCAAUGUGGGUAAUGGGUCAGGGUUUGUCCUUUUAUUGGCAAAUAUUUUUUAACAUAUAUAGCAUCACUUGCAACGUCUUCUUUAAUUCUUUGCACUUUUAUAGCUUCUAUUUUUGUUAACUGAUUUUUCUUUUAAAAGCAAAUUAAACACGAGUUUCAAUGCUUUCAUCCAUGAACCUUUGCUUUUCUUUCAGAUGUACGUGGUUUAUUGGAGGGAAUAUAAAAUGUACAUACUUGAUGAUUUCGCUGCAGCAUGUGUAUUAGUAUUAGUAGUGGAAUUAAAUACACCUAUGUAGCUCAGGAGUUUUUGAACUAACUACAUAAUUAAUGAAAAAAAAAAGAUAUUACGACUUUACAUAAAGGGAUCAGUUUUUAACAGUAAUAUAUAUUUUUGUAUUAUUUUGUACUUUUCACUGAGCAAAGCUCACUCUAAACAGAUUUUACAGUUUAUUUUACAUAAAUGCUUUUUAACGUCACAUUUGCAUGCAAGUAACCUUCCUUACAAAAAAAAUAAAUUUUUUUCAGUACUUUGUUAUCAGAAAACAGUUUUAAGUAUUGCUCAGCAUAAUAGAAUGUAAGUACAUUUUCUGUUAAUCGAUGCAGUUUUGUACACUGAUUAAAAAGACUUUUGAUAUCGCUGAAAUAAACUAAGAAAAGCAUA